CGCUCACCAUCCACAAUGGCUGAGGUGACCACGGUCCCCGCUGAGACGCCGGAUCCCUUUAAUGAGUUCGGGGACUACCACAACUGGACCCAGCUGCUCCAAUACCUGAACUACACCUUCACCUUCUGCGACACCCAUCUGGACGAGAACAUCAAGCGGGUGAUGCUCUUCAUCCUCUACUUGGUCAUCUUCGUGGUGGGGCUGGUGGAAAACAUUCUCGUCAUCUGGGUCAACUGGCACACCUGGGGCAACAAAAACCUGGUCAACCUCUAUAUCCUCAACAUGGCCAUCGCCGACUUAGGGGUGCUGUUAUCCCUGCCCAUCUGGAUGCUGGAGGCCAUGCUCGACUACACCUGGCUCUGGGGCAGCUUCCUGUGCCGCUUCACCCACUACUUCUACUUCGCCAACAUGUACAGCAGUAUCUUCUUCCUGAGCUGCCUCAGCGUGGACCGCUACGUCUCCUUGACAACGGCAUCCCACUUCUGGCACCAGCAUCAGCACCGGGCACGCCGCCUCCUCUGCUUCGGCAUCUGGGUCUUCGCCGCCCUCCUCCCCUUCCUGGAGGUGGCCCACACACAGCUGGUGGACUCGGUGGAGCCCAUGUGCAUCUUCCUGGCCCCCUUCGAGACCUAUGAUGAGUGGGCCCUGGGCAUCAGCUUAGCCACCACCAUCAUUGGGUUCCUCAUCCCCUUCUCCAUCAUCGCGGUCUUUAACAUACUGACGGCCAGGUACAUCAAGCACUCCAAGCCGGAAAGCAGGAAGCACUGCCUCCUGAUCUACGCCUACAUCGUCGUGUUCCUAGUAUGCUGGCUGCCCUACCACGUCACGUUGACCCUCCUGACCCUCGACGGUAGCCACUUCAUUUACAGCUGCAACGUUGCCAACUUCCUCUACUUCUUCUACGACAUCAUAGACUGUUUCAGCAUGUUCCAUUGCGUGGCCAACCCCAUCCUCUACAACUUCCUGAGCAAGAACUUCCGCGGCAAACUCAUCUCGGCUGUGGUGAAGUACAUCCCCAAAGACCAAAUCAACCAGAAAGGCGGGGACAAUUCCUCUUCCAGCACCCAGCACUCUAUAGUCAUUACCAAAGACAACAUCCCACCUAAUUAAACAGCCACCGGGCUCUCCACCCAUUGCUGGCAGCUGGUCCCAGGGGUGGCCGGCUUCCUAAAUCAGACCCCCCAAAAGAUUUCUUCCCCCGGCAAUAAGGCAAGACACUUUGCUUUUUGAUGGCGUUUUCUCCUUGCCACCCACGGCUCUGAAAGCUGGAGGGAGGGUAGAAAUGAGAUGCUGUGGGGAGCGGCAGAUGUUUUGCCUCUGACGUGCUCCUGUAUCAAAUCUAUUUAGCUAAAGAAACAGAGAGGAAGAGAUGUCCUAUUUUUCAAAGAAAUGCUCAUUGGUUUAUUACUAGCGAUUAUUCUGGCUACCCAGGGACCUCAACGCAAAUCCGGCCGCUUUGCUCUCCAGCGCCAGCUAAGCAGGAGUUGGAACAAGCAACGUUUUGCCACCAGCUUUUCCGCGACGCCUGCCUUUUGCUUGCCGAUGUGCUCCGGGUUUCCCACACCUGGAAGAGACCAGGCGUUAAGCCGCCUCUUUCAUUGAACCAUCUAGCUCAGAAAAAAGGGGUGGAAUUCUUUUCCUUCGGAACACAAAUUGAUCAAUUCGCAGCCCCUGGCGAGAAAGAGGAGGGGCUGACCUCGCAAGGUGAAGCCAAAGGGAGUGGGAGCCACUCAGCACGAAGCAGGGGAAGAGCAUGUUGGCGCCAAUAGGAAACGGCUUUUGGAGAGCAAUAUUGCAACCACAGAGGGAAAGAAGCAGGGAGGAUUAAGGCCGCAGUCCACUGUACAGACGUGUUUCCCGAAGGCUUUGUCUACAUUACCACUUUUGUCGGUCAGAAGUGUGAAAAAAA